AUGAAAAGUUAUUUUGAACUUUUAGAUACUUCUAACACUAAAAGGGCUGAAGAAAAAUAUAAUGUAGGAAAAAAACUCCUUGAAGAAGUAGCUACUCCACUGUUUUCUCUUGCUAAAGAAAUUGAUACUCAAAAAAAGAAAAUUAUCAAUGAAGCAGUUAGAAAAGUUAAAAUAUAUGAGGAUGUUGCUUCCUUUGCUUUAAGGUGUGAAGGUCAUUAUCUAAAUGUGCUCAAAGACAUGAAAGAUCUUACUAAGAAAAUUAAUGAAACAAAUGACUCAAAAUCAAUUCCUAAAUACAAUAAAAUGCAUCAACAAUAUUCUAUUGUUAAAAAAGAUUAUGAAAAUUCAGUUAAUAAAGCAUCUGAAUGUUAUGAUUUAUUAUAUGGUCAAGAAAUGGUUGAAACAGUGAGACAAUGUUAUGAAUUAAUGACAUAUCAUAAUGAUGAAAUCAUAAAUAUCUUUAAACGUGCUCAUCAAAUAUAUUUAAGUAUUGGAAUUAAUGAAACAGAAUUUAAUUCAGUGAUGUCAGAUGGAAUAAAGACAUUAGACAAUAAGACGGAUGUAAAAGAAUUCUUUGAAAGCAUUAUUGAUCAUAAUGAGAAAUCAAAAGUCAUAUUAAAAACAGAAGAGUUAGCUCCUUUACAAGUUGAAGCACCAAAAGAACCACAAAAGAAGUGGGGAUUUGGGUCGAUUAAAUCGUCCAUUGUUAGUGGAGUGUCAUCACUAACUACAAUGGUAAACGAGUCAAUACAAAACCCAUCCACUGGACCAAGUGCAAGCUGGACUAAUCCUGUAUUAACAACUCCAAUAUAUUCAUUUGGCAAAAAGAAAGAGUUAAAGAAGGAAACUCAUGACUCAAAAGAAGAAAUUAAGGAAGAA